AUGGUCUCUCUUGAAGAUAUUCGCGCGCAUAAUGCGCAGGUCUCGUCUGCUUUUCCCUCUGGCCUCGUUGGCCUGUUUGUCGGUGCUACCAGUGGCAUCGGCGCAGCCACAUUGAAGGCAUUCGCAAAGAACACUCGCAACCCUCGCGCCUACUUUGUCGGUCGCUCCCAGGAAGCUGCUGACCAGAUUAUCGCCGAGUGCAAGGGCCUUAAUCCAGAAGGGGAAUACAUCUUCAUCCCAGCGGACGUCAGCCUCCUUCGGGUCGUGGACGAAGUGUGCGCCCAGAUCAAGGCAAAAGAACGCGCACUGAACAUUCUCUGUCUAAGUCAGGGAGUCGCCAGCCUUGACCGCAUUGAAACACCGGAGGGCAUCCACCUCAUCACAGCCCUAAUUCACUACUCUCGCGCCCGCUUCAUCACCCAGCUCCUCCCCCUGGUGCAACGCGCGUCUACUAUUCGCCGCGUGCUAACCGUCGGCGCCGCUGGUCUCGAAGGACCCAUCGAUGCAUCGGACUUCCCGGCGCUGCGUGUCCCUUUUGACAAGAUCCGGCCUCAUAUCGCGAGCCUUCUAACCCUUGCUCUCGAGGCCAUGGCCCGGAAGGCACCCGAAGUGUCCUUCAUACAUGACUACCCCGGGGCAGUCAACACUCCGCUCACCCAGAGUAUGCUUGGGGGCAGUGCUGCUGCGGCUGUGGGUGUUGAGAUGCCGGAUGACUGGAUGGAACCGGAGGAGAGCGGGGAGAGGCAUUUGUUUCUGUUAACUAGUGGGAGAUAUCCGGCUGCCGGUCCUUCUGAAGGGAAGAAUACCCUGGGAGCUGUUAAAGGUGUGAAUGGACAGGCUGGUAGUGGAGUGUAUUCGAUUGGGUGGGACGGGGAGUGUGUGCCGUCUGAGACUCUGGAGGUGCUGGAGGUUUUGAGGGAAGAUGGACUUGUUGACAAGGUGUGGGAGCAUACUGAGGGCGAGUUUGCAAGAGUCACCGCAAUUGUUUGA